AUGUACAAUUUCGUAGAUCAUAAAAAUGAUGAUGAUGAUGAUGAUGAGGUUGAUGGCGACAACAUCAGCAGCAGCAACAAAAACAGCAAUAACAACGAAGAUAAAAUAAAAAGCAUCAACAACAGCCACAACAACAUCCACAACAACUUCGCUAAAAAAAACUACCUCUCUUCUAACGACAACAACAUCGACAACAACAACAAAAGCACCACCACCAACAACAAUAAUAAUAAUAAUAACAAUGACAUUACCAUCAACAACAACAACAAUAAUUUGACAUCUAUGAACGAAUUUGAUGUCUUGUAUGAUGACAUUAAAAAAAUACAACAACAACAACAGCACUGGGACCACCACGGCCACCCACGAAACAUGCAACCACACCACCUCCUCCCACAACUGAGAUGCUACCAAGUUGAAGCUGUCAAGUGGAUGCUCAGAAGAGAGGGAUGGAUGGAGUGCAAUGAUGAUGACCAUGAUGGUGGUGGUGAUAAUGAUGAGAUCGGUGGUAGUAGUAGUAGUAGAAGUAGUUGUGGUGAUGGUAGUUGCGACGAUACGUGUGGCUGUUGUGGCAUGCCCGAUGUUGAGGAUCUCCUUACUGAUUUCUAUGACAAAUUCUACCAGCCAAUCACAUUGAAGGAUGGAACCCAAGUAUUUUACAAUCCUACUUUAGGAAUGCAAACUAAACUAGAUGAAAUACCUCAUAAAUACAAUGCAAUCUUUCAUAACAAUGCAAUUCAGAAUGAUUUGGAACAAGCCUUUGGAAAAGAUUGA